AACUGUGCUCCACAGGGUUUCGAAUGGCUGGUUUUAAGCACUCUAAAAGUCCCAGUUACUAUUGUUAUUGUUAUCAAGGGAGGCCGUGACAGACUCUACUCUGAAGGUCUCUAAAUCCAGUCUUUCAUUCAUUUGAGGUACAUUUUUGAGCACCUACUAUGUGCCAGGCAGUGUGCACAACAACCCAGUAUGGUCACUGCUGCUGUUGUCCCCAUUUUACAGAUGAAGAAACUCAGGUAAAUGAGUUUGCAAUUCAUUCAAUCAUUUGUUCAUUCACCCAACUUUGACUAAAAGCCUGCUCUGGGCCAGGCUCUGAGCCAAGUGCUGGAGAUACUAAGAUGAACGAAUCCUUCAGGAGGGAUGCCCAUAAACUACUUUAAUAACAACUCGGUAAGUGCUUCAACAGACAAGAUGUAGUGGGGGGCAGAGGAGGAGCAACUGACAAACCCGGGGAUGAUGGGAACCGACAGCUAACCAGCGGUGACCCUGCCUGUUAAGGUACCUUUGCCCUGCGUAGACGUGGCGAUCACAAGUCCCGCUUCUUCCAAUGCAUCGCGGUGCAGUCCCAGGAGAUCCCCCACAACACUGAUUCUCAGUUCCUAUCUGGGAAACUAAGAGGUUGGGCCUGAGAUUCUACAGCUCUGGGGGCUCGUAACCCUUUGCACCUCCCACCUACCUCCGGUCAGUUCAAGCCCAGCCUCAGCCCAGCCCUGAGUCUGCACCCCUGACCGCCAGAUGUAGCCUCCUUGGAAAGUGCCAAACGACUCCGCAGCGGAGGCGGAACCCACCGGAGGGUGUAAGGCCUGCGACCCAAGGGGCGGGGCUCCGGCAGUGGGCGGGCCUGAGACCUGGACGGGGCGCGGCGCGGCGCGCCCAGAGAUGUCUUCAUCCAGCCAAUGCGCGCUCGGGGGCAGGGCCACCCCGCCUCUGAGUAUAAGACUCUGCUGAGUCCUGGGGCGUCGCGCAGAGGUCUCGGAGCCCGACGCGUUCUGUGUACCGAGCGCUUGCCGGCAGGAUCUGCGGCCUCCAGGCGCGCCAGAGCGCGGAGCCGGUGCGUCGUGGGCUGGGCAGGAACACGGGUGGGGUUCGGUUUUCCUUCUCCCGGCUGGGCUGCGAGGAGGGCGCGCAGCCAGGGGACCCUAGCCGCAGAAGAGCAGCUGGCCCCGGCCGGGGCUGCCCGCGCUGACCAUCGUCCGCCGCCAUGGCAGACCACCUGAUGCUGGCCGAGGGCUACAGCCUGAUGCAGAGGCCGCCACCCGCCGCGCCAGCCCACGGCCCUCACGCGCUCUGGACUCUGCAGCCGUACGCGGGCCCGGGCCUGGACAGCGGGCUGCGGCCCCGGGGGGCUCCGCUCGGGCCGCCGCCGCCACCACCCGGAGCCCUGGCGUACGGGGCCUUCCGGCCGCCGCCAGCCUUCCAGCCCUUCCAGGCGGUGCAGCCUGGCGCCGACAGCGCGCACCUGCAGCCCGUGGCGACACUGUACCCGGGCCGCGCGCCCGCUACCCCCAGCGCCCCGGGAGGUCCCCCGGGCCUGCAGCCGGCGCCUGGCGCCCCAGCCCCCCCGCCGCCCGCGCACACCCUGGUCGGCAUGGACGCCGAACUCAUCGACGAGGAGGCGCUGACGUCGCUGGAGCUCGAGCUUGGGCUGCACCGCGUGCGCGAACUACCCGAGCUCUUCCUGGGCCAGAGCGAGUUCGACUGCUUCUCGGACCUGGGGUCCGCGCCGCCCGCCGGCUCCGUGAGCUGCUGAGCUUGGCGAGCCCCGCCUGGCGGGCCCGAGAGAAGGGGGCCUGUCUGCCCCCCGAACUCCGCACCGACAGACUGGGCCCCGCACGCGCCCUCCGUGAGGGUGAAGGCAGCUGUUUGUGUACAGAGCCGGAGACCUGGCGGGACGACUGGCGUCACUCCAGGCUUUGCGGGAUGACAGUUUGGCUUUACCUCUCUGACUCGCCGCCUCAGCGGUAAAAUGAAGGGGACUGGGCCAGCUCUAGGAGUCCCCUUUCUUGGAUUCUAUGCUCUCUCACUUCCCUCAGACUUCUGUCCCCAUAUCUGAGCCAUUCCAGGCCCCUGCCUGAUUCCCCCCUCUUUCCUUGCGGAACCGCUGCCGGAAUGGGGUUCCCCGGAGCCAUCAUCCACUGAGCCCCCUGCCCCCAGCCCCGGUGCCUGGGCUCUGCCAUCGCUGGACCUCCUGCCAUGCGGAGGGGAAGAUUGUAUAGCCCUAACUCCUGCGAGGUGGAGGAAUGCCCCACCUGCCUUCCUCAGGCCUCCAAAACCAAAAUAAAACUGGGUCACUUUAUGAUCUUGCGUCUUCAUUUCCUUGUUACCUCCACCCCCAAAUGUAUUUAGAUUCCAAAGUCCUGAGGCUGUUAAGGACCCUGGGUGGGAUGGGGACCACAGCCCCUGGCAGUACCCAGGAGAGGAAACUGACCGUUUGUUUCAAAAAUAACUUGAGUUAUGCAAUUGUUAUGUCAUAACCUGGAAGGCAGAGGCUGCGGCAGGGGGCCGGGUAACCCCAGGACAUAGCCGUUGGACCUCCCAGCUCCUGGGAUGGGGGUGCUGGGCAGUGCUGCCUUCACCUGUCUACUUGAGGGCCAGAGGGGAACGGGGGUGGUCCCUGAGGAUUCAGGUGAACCUGGCUCCCUUGUUCAAGACACCAUCCAUUCACAUUCCUAAAAGUAUUUCCUCAGAGGGAGAUGGCCCCAGGAUCCUCCAGUGGUUGUGAGGAUUAAAUGCAACACAAAGCAUUUAACACGAUGUCACCUAGUCAGUGCUCAGUAAACAAUACCAAAAACCAAACCAAGCCCAGUGCCAUCGAGUCGAUUCAGACUCAUAGUGACCCUAUAAGACAGAGUAGGACUGCCCCAUAGAGUUUUCUAGGAGCACCUGGUGGAUUUGAACUGCCGAUCGUUUGGUUAGCAGCUGUAGCACUUAACCACUAUGCCACCAGGCUUUCCCAGUGAAUGAUAGCUUUUUUUUUUCUUCUAUUAUUCUAGGUCCCUAGGUGGUACACACUGUUAGCACUUGACUGCUAACCUAAAGGGUGGUUCGGAACCACCCAGCAGUAAUGAGGAAGAAAAGUCCUGGUGAUCUGCUUCCAUUAAGAUUACAGCCAAGAAAAGCCUAUGGAGCAGUUCUCUUUAAUACAUGGGGUCACCAUGAGCUGGAAUUGACUUAACAGCAAAUAAUAUUAUUUUUCUACAAAUUAAAAAAAAAAAAAAAUUGGGCCUAGCUUUAUUCUAGGCUCUGUGCCAACUUGGUACAUGCCCCCACGGAGUCAAAGUGCAGGUGGGAGCAGGUGAGUAACAGACCUGGGAAUUAACGUUGCUAGAAGGAAGAGCGUGAUGAGGCCUAGAAAACAGGUAGGAUUGCCAAGUAGGCAAACCCAGAGGAGGGAGUGGUUUCAACUGGUUAGGGAAGGGGGAAGGCUCAGGCUUCAGGGAAACAGUGACAUUUGACAUGGUGAACAGAGCUUUGAACAAUGAAUGUGUUUUUAGUCAUUGGAGAAGGUGGCAUUCCAGCGGAGAGAAGAGCCUAUUCAAGGGCAGAGGCAUGCAAAUGCAGGGAGGGACAGGGAAGCGUGGGGUGUUGGGAAGGGAGAGCCACAAAGGUCAGACAUGGACAACAAAAGUCUGCUGGUUUUACAACUUUGUCAGGUAGGCGCAGUCCUUAUUGUACAGAUGAGGGGUGUGGAGUUUGCCCAGGCUAGGAAGGAUUUGGCCUCAGAGGCCUGUUCACCAGCAUGAGCUCCUGGCCACCCUCUGCUGUUGACUCUCUCUGGAAAGAUCCCUGGGCACUUCACCUUGUGGGAGAAAGGCUGGAAGGAGACCAGGGCAGGGAUGCCAAGGCCCAGGCUAGGACGAGGCAGUGGGGCUGGAGAGAAGAGAAUGGAUUCCAGGGAAUCUGUGCAGGGAACACAGGGCUGAGAACUUCUGUUCCCAGUGGCUAGGCUUCUCCUCAUGCCAGGCUUGUUUGCUGUUAUGACUCUUCUACCAGUUGUGAGUCCACCUGGGCGCACUGUGUUGGAGCUGAAUCUGAAGCCACCAGGACAAGCACAGGGUGGGCAGCGGGAGGUGUUUAGCAAGUGAAUAAAGAUCUCCCUAAGACAACAGAAAACCCUGGUGGUGUAGUGGUUAAAUGCUACCACUGCUAACCAAAAAGUCAGCAAUUCAAAUCCACCUUGAACUGUGCUCCUUGGAAACUCUAUGGGGCAGGCCUACUCUGUCUUAUAGGGUCACUAUGAGUCAGAAUCAACUCGAUAGGCAAUGGGUUCUUUUGGUAAGAUAACAGGCCAUCCUGGGAUGGGAUGGGGCAGGGGACAGGGGGCAGGAAGCAGACAGGCAUCUGGGAAGGAACCGGACUGAGCUCUGAGCUCAGGGAGGCCAGUGUUUGCCCUGGCUUUGCCCAAGACCCCAGGCCAGAGACAGAGACCAAGAGGCUAGACUGGAAUGGGAGUUCAGCCCUCUACCUACUACUGCCCUGAUUUCUUCCUCUCUGGGCCUCAGUUUCUCCACCAGUAAAGUGGGUCUACUAUUCCUGCCCUGUUACUUUAUAAGGCAAUAAGCAAAUUCAGGGAUGGGUUGAUAAGCAGUUGGUUGACUCUAACCACAAUGUGCUCUCCAUGUGGAAGGGAUUGCAAUGAAAACCUAGCACUUGCCUCUUUACAGAGCUAAAGGGGGUUCACCUGCUGAGCUGUUCCAACAGGUGCUGCUAACAAGCUGGACAGUAGGCAGGUGGACAAAGGAGAAGUUAGGCUGAGGCAGCCUACCACUUGGAUCUCCAAAUCCCUGACAUUCUUGGGAGAAUCCAGACCCUACCAGCAGGAGGGAAGGAUGGGGUAUCCUUUCUGUCAGCAUGUAGGGGCUGUGGAAGGAGUAAUGGCUACAGUCUGACAGCCUCAGGGCCAAGUCCAGCAGUGGCUCUUGCCUGACCUCAAAGAAGCCACCUCACCUUCUGAGUCUUGGCCCUCCUGUUGGAAUCCUACCAGCUUUCUGUGGUUCCAGCGGGGUGUCUCUCACCUCUUCUCUGGGGCCACCCUCCUAAAGCAAUAUGUUGUCCCCUUGGUCCUGUGGAUUUUGCUCUCAUUCCAAGACUGGGUCUUUGAGGUCAGGAGUCAGCUCCUUCAAGCUUGGAAACUGAGUAAUGGCACAGACCAAACACCUUUCCCUCCUUUUUUUUUUUUCCCCCUGAAGUUCUUUAUUUUGAAUCAUCUUUAGGCUGACGAGAUUUUAUCACCAAGUAAAUGUUCAAGAAAAGCAUAACUUCUCUUUGAACUCAUUUGUAAUACGGUGAUGCCAAUAGGACCUCCCUUCUAGAGUUACUGUGGAGAUUAAACAAGUUACUGCAUGUAACAUGUUUAGGACCGUGCCUGGCCACUAGCAAGAAUGGUUUGUAGUUAGUGCUAUAAUCCUGGACCACUGGCAUUUUGGGAAGGUUUUCUACUAGAGAGGUCCCUGGGUAGCACAAAAAGUUUGUGCUUGACUACUAGCUUAAGGGUUGGAAAUUCGAACCCACCCAGCAGCACUGCAGAAAAAAGGCCUGGCAAUCUGCUACCACAAAGAUUAUAGCCAAGAAAACCCAAUGGAGCGGUUCCACUCUUUCACAUAUGGGGUCACCAUGAGUUGGAAUCAAUUUGACAGCAAUGGGUUUGGUUUGGUUUGGUUGUUUUCCUACUGGAGUCUUGAGGAAGGUGGUGUUUUAACCAGAUAGAAAGGGCUUACUCCAGCAGCCACACUGGUGCAAGCUGGGUCCCUUGGAGGCAGACUCUGCAAUGGCAUUUAGCUUGCAAGAAGUUGAUUAGGGAGUGCUGUGGGAUCAGCAGCUGCGGAGCAGAGAAAGCAGAGUGAGCAGGAGAAACCACAAAGCAGGCCCACAGCCUGAGCCAGUCCCACGGGGAGCUUUGGCGCUAGUAUGGCCUUCAGAGUCACUCCAUGUUGGGCCUUUAUACUCCUUUGUGCCUCUGUAUCCGUCAUCAGAUGUGGGCCAGCCCAGGCAGUGGGAUGAUCACAGGCCAGGUGGCUCUCUAUAGCUCAGCCAGUCCCUGCAGGAGCUGCCAGCUGAAGACGGUCUGCAGGCAGCACCCCCAGAGGCUAGAGCAGCAAUUUCCUGGCAAGGCGGUCUGAGUGGUACAUCCCAGAGUCCACCACAAGCACCAGGGUGGCGACUAGGGUGAAGCGAGUGCCUCCUUAAAUUUUGUGCCCUGGGUGCCGCACUCAC